AUGUCGGACUGUUUUGAUUACAGUAGCGAUGAUACAGAAGAUGAUGAUCAAUAUCGCGAAGAAGAAAUCAACUGUAAUGAAUAUGAUGACGACGAUUUCUAUAAUUCUGAUGAUCAAUACAACGGAAGAAAUCAAUUAUCUGAUUAUGCGAGUGAAGGUACAAAUCGAACUGAUUCUGAAGAGGAAUCAUUCAAUAGUAAUGUUGUUGACUUGCCUGGUGGGAAAACCAAGUUGUGGAAACCUAUUGUUCCUAAAGAUUUUAUGCCAUAUGUAGAUGCUAUAUAUCAAUCAUUAGAGGAGGCGGUUGAAAUGUAUAAAUUAUAUGCAGAUAAAGCAGGUUUUGGUGUCAGGUUAAAUACAGUAACAAGGUUUGGUGACAAAACCAUUAAAAAAAGGUAUGUAGUGUGCAACAAAAUGGGAAAAAUACCUAACAGAUCAACUGACACUUUGGAUCCUGAGGGAAGUGGAAGGAAUAAACGAAACUCAAACUUCAAAAUUACGGACUGCAAGGCAUUGAUAAAGUUUGAAAGGUUACAUAUGCAAACUAAUGCUUGUAAAAUAUAUGAGUUUGAAGAGAAUCACAACCACCCCCUAGAGACUAAAGAAGAAAGACGGUAUUCCAAACGUGCACGACGACUUAGUUAUAAAGACAAGGAGUUUAUAGCGCGUUCUUCGACAUCUAACAUUGGUGCAACAAAGGCACAUAAGUUACAAGCUAGUUUGCAAGGAGGUUAUGAAAACGUUGGCCCUGAAGCAAUUGAUUAUAAAAAUUUCAGAAGGAAGGUGGGAAACAUUAUAGGUGACAAGGAUGCACAGCUGGUUGUUGACAAAACGAACAUGAGGAAAGAUGAGUUACAUAAUUACACAUUUGAGUAUAAAUGUGUUGAUAGUGUGUUAAACGCAAUGUUUUGGGCGGAUGAAACCGAUAAGUUAUAUUACAAGGAGUUUGGAGAUGUGAUAUCAUUUGAUGCUACAUUCCGAACAAAUACGUAUGGAAUGAUUUUUGUGCCGUUUACAGCCGUUGAUAACCACAAACGUUCAAUAAACAUUGGGGCAGGUUUGUUAAGCAACGAGUCAAUAGAAUCUUAUCGUUGGUUGCUCGAAGCUUUUUUGAAAGCACAUGUAAAACACCCUCAAUUAGUGUUAACAGACCAAGAUCCAGCAAUUCUACAGGCCGUUGAAGCAAUAUUUCCUACUUCUAAUCAUCGUUUAUGUAUGUGGCACAUUAUGAAAAAACUACAAGCCAAGGUUUCAGCCGAUUUUUUGAAAAACACUAAUUUUCGUAAGCGUUUUACAAAGCUUGUUUGGAAUGUCUAUAUCGAGCCUGAAGUGUUUGAAUCAAGAUGGAAUCUGCUUAUGAGAAAAUUCAAACUACAGGACAAAAGAUGGUUCAAAGACAUGUACAGGGAUCGAAAACUUUGGAUUCCAGCCUAUUUUAAAGACAUACCACUACACGAUCUGAUGAAAACUACUUUAAGGUCUGAAAGCGUGAACUCAUUUUUUAAUAAAUACUCUAACUCUGGUAAUUUGCUUAUCUAUUUCAUGAUGAACUACGACACCGCAAUUGGAAAGCAACGAAAUGCUCAACAGAAACUAGAACAUGAUACAAAAAAUGCAAAGCAUGAAAUGACUCUUCCAAGUGGCUUACUAGAACAUGCAGCUGCGGUUUACACUAAAAAAAUUUCUAUGAGGUCAAAAAGGAAAUAUUUAAAGCAGCCUGAUACUGUUGAACUAAAGUUGCCUAAAAAAGAAGUUAAAUGUUCAUGCAAUCACUUCAUACGUACUGGCAUUUUGUGUCGUCAUAUUUUUGUUGUAUUGAAAAACAACCAUAUUGAAGAGAUUCCAGAGCAGUAUAUUCUAAGAAGAUGGAGAAGGGAUGCAAUUUCCAGCCAUUUGCUUGCCAUGAAACAUGUUUCCAUGGAAGUAGAAGAUGACACCUUUAAACUUCUAACAGAGGAAGCAAUGGAGUUUGGCAGUUCCAACCAAACAUCAUCUGAUAACGAUGAAGAAGAAAUUAUUCGGAUGCUUGGAAUACGCAGCAUUCCUGAUGAAAUAAAUAUCCAUCCACCUGCAUCUAUACGUACCAAAGGUAGUGGAACUAAGAAAAGAAUGGUUAGUGCUAUUGAGAAAGCUGUUGCAGAAGCAAAGAAAAAAACCAGAAUGUGCACAGGUUGCAAUCAAUAUGUUAACCAUAAUUGGAGGACUUACAAAAUGAAUAAUAGCAAUGCCAAAUUUGGUAAUGUUAACAGGUUAAUGAUAUUAUCUGGCAUUUAA